AUUGUUGUCGAUAUACGUUCAGAUUGCGAAAAAUAUCUCGAGAGCUCCCUUGUCCUAGUGGGAGAGAUAGGAGGAAACGACUAUAACGACGCGUUCCUCCAAGGAAAAAGCGUCGAUGUCGUCCGAUUAUUCAUUCCCCGAGUUGUCAAAGAAAUAAUUUUUACGAUUAAUGAAUUGAUAAAACUCGGAGCAGUGACGCUGAUGGUAGCAGGGAAUUUCCCGAUCGGAUGUUCAGCAGCUUAUCUUACAUAUUUCCAAAGUUCCAACGAAAAAGAUUACGACCCGGAAACUGGUUGUCUUAAUUGGCUAAAUAAUUUUUCCCAGCACCAUAAUAAUCUGCUUCAAACGGAACUCGACCUCAUCCGAAACCAAAAUCCAAGUGUUAAUUUAAUCUACGCCGAUUAUUACAAUGCUGCAAUGCUCAUUUAUCGUUCCCCUAAAAAUCACGGUUUUACGGAAGGAGCACUUAGAGCUUGUUGCGGAGCGGGAGGGCCGUACAACGUAAAUUUGAAGGUACAAUGUGGGGGUAGCGGGUCCCACACGUGCAAAGACCCUUCUUCGUACGUGAGUUGGGACGGCGUGCAUUUGACGGAGGCAGCUUAUAGAUCCAUAGCCACCAGUUUACUACGAGGAUCUUUUACUGUUCCUCAACUUCAAUCUGUCUGCAAUUCGUUGUCCUCUAUAAAUACGGGUGCUAAUGCUAUUUUCGACAAUUAGUACGGCUCUUUCGACCCAUACACGGUGAUAAACACCGGGUUGUCUUCUAUAAAUACGGGUGCUAAUGCUGUUUCCGACAAUUAGUACGGCUCUUUCGACCCAUACACGGUGAUAAACACCGGGUUGUCUUCUAUAAAUACGGGUGCUAAUGCUGUUUCCGACAAUUAGUACGGCUCCUUCGACCCUAUACACGGUGAUAAACACCGAGUGGGUCUUUUACUGCCACUCGUAAUUUUUUGUAUAUAUAUAAAAUAAAUAAUUAAAUAUUACACGUGGCAGGACAAUUACAAACUUUGUGCUAGGCUUGAAAUAUGUAUUUUCCAUUUUUUUUUUUGUGAGAUUGUAUAUGAGUUGGGCUUCGACUGAAUCCACAGCCCAAAUCAACUGGGAUGCUGGGCUGCCCUUUUUUUUAU